AUGGCAACAAAGCCCCAGCCCAGGGAGGAGAGACACCAGGAAGAGAUCGUUGCUCCAUUGUGGUCACCGGCGGAAGAGACAGCCGGACAGGCGCUCAGAGGUGGCUCGAAGGAGGAGCUGCUGACACCCAAGGGAGCUGACAACGCCCGGGAUGCUGGCCAGGAUGUGAAGUGUUUUGAUGCCAGGACCUCCGAACGCAGACAGGGUGAGUGUUGCUGCACCUGGGUGGAGUCUGACUUUGAAAGGGCUUACUACCCCACCCCCAGCAGCCACCUUGGCUCUACGAACUUGCUGCUUUGGGCACAACCCCAGCUUGGGCCGGUAGUAAUCUUGGUCCCCUACUGUGGCCAUACCAUAGGGCUGGAGGGGCAGAAAGGGGGUCUUGGCCAUCUCCCAGCUGUGCCCAGAUCUGAGGGGAAGAACUGUGCUUUGGGGCCAAGGCUUGUCCUUGCAGGCAACAGGUGCUCAGCUCCACUCCUGGGCACUAAGCUAUUUAUCCGGUUAAAUGCCUGGCUUUUCAAGUGACAUGCACACAAUGGGCCCUACCCCGAGAACAAAAGCACAAUGACUCCUCAUACAUCAAAGGGCGGCCUGCUUGGCACAGGUAGGUCCUGCCCCUCCUCCCUCCCCAUUGGCAGGGAGAGGAAGAGAGGCAGCAGUGCCAGCACCCCACCCCAAUUGUCUGAACCUCCCUUUCUUGCAGGGCAAGCCUGCCUUGCACCCAUGGGCGACUGGCACCUGCUUGGGAGGCUGCUGGAGAGCGCACAGGAGCACUCCACGGUGGUGGGCAAAGUCUGGCUCACUGUCCUCUUCAUCUUCCGCAUCCUCGUCCUGGGGGCAGCAGCAGAGAAGGUGUGGGGGGACGAGCAGUCCAACUUCUCCUGCGACACCAAGCAGCCCGGCUGCCAGAGCGUCUGCUACGACCAGACCUUCCCCAUCUCCCACAUCCGCUUCUGGGUGCUGCAGAUCAUCUUCGUCUCCACGCCCAGCCUCAUCUACCUGGGCCACAUCCUGCACUUGGUGCGCAUGGAAGAGAAAGAGCUGGGGGCCUCUCCAGGGGUUCAGGUGGAGGUCAGCAACAGCCCAGCAGCUCAGCCCAGGCCUGGCAUAGCCCCUGUGCGGGACGCCUGCGGAAGGAUCCGCCUGCAAGGGGCCAUCUUGCGAACGUACUUCUGCAAUGUUGUCUUCAAGGCUCUCUUUGAGGUGGGCUUCAUCCUGGGCCAGUACGUGCUGUAUGGCUUUGAGCUGAAGCCCCUCUACACCUGCAGCCGCUGGCCCUGCCCCAACACGGUCAACUGCUACAUCUCCCGGCCCACCGAGAAAACCAUCUUCAUCCUCUUCAUGCUGGCCGUCGCCUGCCUCUCCCUCCUGCUCAACAUGGUGGAGAUGUACCACGUGGCCACCACUAAGUGCAGGCAAGGUCAUGAGCCCAAGCUCAGCCCAGAAGGGCAGCCAGAAGGAGAGCCUGCCAGCCACCGCCUGCUUCACUGCCCCAGUGCUACGCCUCCCAGCAGCCCCUCUCUGCAGCCUGCAGAGAAAGCCAGUCCACGGACGGAGGGAGUGAGCGAGAGCCCCGCUUGGGGCGGAGGGCAGAAGCGAGGGAGCAAGUCCAGCAAAUCAAGCAACAAGUGGAGGUCCAGUGACCUGGCUGUUUAG